UAUUUAUAGAGAUUUUUACACCUCAUGUCAAAAUUGACACCUUUUUUACAUUUUUAUCCUUACACGGUUUUUUAAACAUUUUUAACUUUUACAUUUUUCAAUUUUACUUUUCAAAAAGUUUAAUAAUUACAAUUUUACCUUUUCCCUUCUUCCUUACACACGUACACGCACGCCACCUCAUAAAUCCUUUCUUUUUUUUUUUUUUGAAUUUUUCAUUUACCUGAUUCUUCCACUCUUCAAACCGAGCUUCCCACGAUCACCAUUAUCAAGCCCUAACCAAUUUUUUCUUCCCACGAUCACCUUCUCCAAGCCCUCACCCACGUUUUCCUCAACCUACAUUGUCAUCCUCCUCUAUUUUUUCUCUAUAUAAAUGGCAACCACUAGAAGUGGUUCGAAAUCACCAUCUCCGGCGAAGAAAGUUUCUAAAAAAUCGAAGAAGGCUCCAACUGUUACUUCCAAAGUCGAACCUAAAAUGGGGUUAAAAAAAAUUGCUAAAAAUUUAGUGGCUGAUGUUCCAGAGACAUCGGCCUCUAAGAAAAGAGCCCUUCCUGUUAAAGUAGAUGCUCCUAAGACUAAGAGAGCAAAAAUUUCCAAGUCUGCACGCGAUGUUUCCUCAGAUUCUGAUUUUGAGGAUGAAGUGCAUGGUGAGGACCAAAAGCCCAAAGUUGAAUCAAAGGUAAUUUAAAUUUGCUUGGUU